ACCACACUCUGCUGAUAUUGUUGGGAAUUAGGGUUUCGGGGUAAACUGCAACCGCGGCGAAGAGGAGAAGAAGAAGAAGACGACAACAAUCCACCAUGGUUCUCAAGACAGAGCUUUGCCGUUUUAGCGGUCACAAGAUAUAUCCCGGAAGAGGAAUCAGAUUUAUUCGCUCCGACUCCCAGGUUUUCCUCUUUGUGAACUCCAAAUGUAAGAGGUAUUUCCACAACCGCCUGAGGCCCGCAAAGCUUACCUGGACUACCAUGUACCGUAAACAACACAAGAAGGAUGCUGCUGCUGAAGCAGUGAAGAAGAGGCGCAGGGCGACCAAGAAGCCGUACUCAAGGUCCAUCGUCGGUGCCACUUUGGAAGUUAUUCAGAAGAGAAGAGCCGAAAAGCCAGAGGUUCGUGAUGCUGCUCGUGAAGCUGCUUUACGUGAAAUCAAGGAGAGAAUCAAGAAGACAAAGGAUGAGAAGAAAGCUAAAAAGGCUGAAGUGAUCUCAAAGCAAAAGACUUCAAAGAGUAGCGUGCCGAAGGGUGCCGGUCCAAAGGGUCCCAAGAUUGGAGGCGGUGGUGGCAAGCGUUAAUUUCUCGUUUUUUUUUUAUAUUAUUGUCUCGUAUUUUAUAUCGAACAUGCAUAUAUUGGAAUCGACUUUGGUCUCAUUCCAUUAUGUUUUUUGUACUGAUUUGGUUGUUGAGGCACUAUUGUUCUUUGUUUCAAGUGAUUACUGUGAGACUUUUGCUUUGAUUA